CACUUCGCCGACGAGCCGAGCGUGAAGUAUUGACUUGUGACAGUCGUUGCCUGUCAGGAGUAGAGAGCGGUGGGGAGUUGACCACGACAACGUAUCGGACAUCUGACUUCUUCGAGUAGUGUCACACUGAACAGAUCGAUACUCAACAAGGCGUUCUGAACCAUAUAAGUUGAACGCAAUCCAGCAGAGUUAUCGCACCAUCAGCAUCUUAGCCACUCAAGCAACGAUCACAGCCUCUUCCAGUCACCAUGAAGACCUCUACGAUCCUCGCCAUCAUCUCCUUCCUCUUCGCCUCCUCAGUCACUGCGCAGACAGCUUGCAGCCCAGUCGCUUCUGCAAUCCCAACUUGCGGAGUUCCAUGCAUCGCCUCCGCCGCCUCUGCUGCAGGCUGCGGUAGCGGCGACUAUCGCUGCCGCUGCUCCAGCUCCUCUGUCAUUCAGGCCUCGGCCCAAGGCUGCGUCAUCAGCAAUUGCGGCAUCGCUACUGCUCUGCAAGUUCAGGCUUCUGGUCAGGCUGUCUGCGCUUGCGUUGCUACUGCUACGGGCAACUUGAUGGAGCCAACUGCGGUCUAGAAGGUCUUGGUAUUGUUCACGGUAUUGGUGACUGUAUUGGUGAUUGGGGAAUAACUCCUUUGUCUGGCAGUCGGUAAACCACCAAUCUGAUACAUGCG